AUGGAAAGCGGCACGGCGGCUUCGGAGGGCGACGACAAGCAGCCUCCCCAAACGGCAUCUACGACGUGGUCGAUCUUGGACGCGGAGCGGCGCGGGAGCAGCAGCAGAGCGGCGGAUAGGCAUAUCGCUACGCCUACCCCGCACCAUCACAACCCAUACGGAAGCCACAGCGACAGACCAGAUUCCUACGGAUCUGGAACUCGAGUGCCUACCGACUCUGGCAGUUAUUCUCAGUUCUCGUCCGGCUCAUCUGCGCUGGCGGGCGAUUACUGGCCCAAGGUAGAUUCCGACGAAUCCGAUGAGGCCUGCCCAAGCAAAACCUUCGAACCAAUACAUAAACAAAAAAAGUCGACUACCAAGAGAUUCUUCCGGUACUUGUCUAAAAAACUAGGAACUUCGCCGCCGAGAUAUGGUCAUAUCCCCAAUGAUGAGCGAGAACACGACAGAAAUGAAAUCCAGCACAGAGUCAUCUUGGAUCUUUUUGACGACAAGUACCAUUUGGCACCGUUGACCAAUCCAAGGAGAGUGCUAGAUGUUGGUACAGGACCUGGGACGUGGGCAAUAGUAAGUGGAACCAAACCCCGAUUUUCCCUAUGCAUCAUGCACUCCACAUGCAUAGGCAUCGAUAUCGAAUAUGUGAGGCCUCACAUAUCCAAACCAAAGAACUGCACCUUUAUGGUCAUGGACGCGACCAAGGAUUGGGAAUUUGAAGAGGGAUUUGACCUGAUCCACGUCCGCAUGCUGGGAGACAUCCAGGCAAAGGGCCACCUGGUCGAAUCCAUAUACUCUAAUCUGAACCCUGGCGGCUGGGUCGAGUUUACAGAGUGGAUCGUUCACGUACAGAGUCCGGAUCAUUCUCUGGACGGCGGCGCUUUCAUGAGAUGGAACAAGGUACUUCGUAAAGGCCUUCGAGAGCUCGGCUCAUCUGUAUUUUAUCCACUCGAGUACAGACGCAUACUACGACUGGCCGGCUUCGUAAACAUCCAAGAAAACAAAUAUGCAGCACCGACAAACGCCUGUUACCCAGGCAAGCGGCUGCAGCGUAUCGGCGACUUGAUGACUAAAAACUGGCUUGGUGUACUUGAGCCAUUAUCGACGCCGGUUUUUGGGGCCUUGGGAUGGUCACAGGAAUCCCUUGACCGCCUAAUCGACGAAGUCAAGAAAGAAAUCGUUGAUCCCAAGUUCCACUCCUACAUGACAUUAAUGACUGUUUCCUGCCAGAAGCCUAUGAGCGACUCAGCUGCUUCCUCCAAUAUCUCCUUCACGGUUCCACCACCGCCCAAAUGAUAACGAAUAUACUGAAGUUCAAACCUGUUGUUGGUCGCAGUGGGUCCAGACCCUGCAUGCGUGCAGCAAAAUUCAUCAAACGAUCACAAGCAAUACCCAUAUUCUCUUGUGUUAAACCACUCACCAACAGGCAAUUUUUUGGCUAUAUGCCUGGUUCUUAUGGGGUUUUGUCUCUUCUUGGCACCGUUUUCCUUUUGAUCAUUGGUCAUAAUAUACCCACGUCAACAUGUCCAAUAAAUUUCGAUGCACAUAUCACAUGCAGGAUAACUUCACCGCUGUUGAAAUACUCAUGAGAUAUCAUGUGUAAAAUUAUCC